AAAUAGAAAAGUUGAGAUUUUACAAGAAGAUCUUGACUCCAUGCAAAGGGAGAUUUCAGCGUUUACACUGUUAUUCGAAGUAUUGAAAGAGAAUAACCGUACUUCCAAUGUUGUUGUUUCAGACACCCUUCCUGACUUGGAUCAGCUACCAUACAUAGACGGCAUUGAUGAGAACAAGAUGCUACAAAUGGAAGAAGUAAGAAAGGCUUAUGUUACAGCUGUUUCGACUGCAAAAGAGAACCAAGAUGAAGAAUCAGUUGUUCUUGCUGCCAAGAUGAGAUUACGUCUUCAAUCUCUUGUCCUUGGACCACAACAUGCAAGUUCAAACGAAAGAGUUCACGGCUUUUCUGCUUUACCUGUGGAUAUGAUUGUAUCAUAGACUCAACUCGUCAAUGAUCU